AUGUUUUGCCGUAAUCAAACAGCGAGAGCAACCGUCGCCCGCGGCUCUGCUCUUGAAAUGGAGAUACGGCGAGGGAAGUUCAGAAAGAGUGUUUUCCUGGACACAUCACAGGACAGCGAUAUCCAGAAGAAGAUUGACCAUGAGAUCCGGAUGCGCGACGGGGCCUGCAAGCUGCUGGCCGCCUGCUCCCAGAAAGACCAGGCGUUGGAGGCGGCAAAGAGCCUGCAGACCUGCAGCACUCGUAUCAUGGCCUACAUGUCGGAGCUGCAGAGGAUGAAGGAGGCUCAGGUCAUGCAGAAGGUAACACGGAGGUCUUCGGACGCAGGGCCGAUGGACAACAGACUCCCGUGCAAAGGAAAAGUGGCCAUCUCAGAUCUUCGGAUCCCUCUCAUGUGGAAAGACACGGAGUACUUCAAGAACAAAGGAGAGCUUCAUCGGUGUGCCGUGUUCUGCCUGCUGCAGCUGGGAGGAGAGAUCUUCGACACAGACAUGGUGAUAGUGGACAGGACACUUACCGACAUUUGCUUUGACAACACCAUUGUAUUUAAUGAAGCCAGCCCGGGGUUUGAGCUGCGUGUUGAGCUGUAUAGCUGCUGCUCAGAGGACGACUACUCUGCAGGGAGCACGCCGAGGAAACUAGCCAGUAAACUGAGCUCGUCGCUGGGGCGAUCAGCUGGGAAGAAGUUCCGGGCAGCAAUGGAGCCUGGGCCAUGUAGUCCUGUUAGCAACGGAGGCGCAUCUCCUCUUUUGUUGCCAGUUCCCUCUGUACCGGGCCCUAAGUACCACCUCUUAGCUCAUACCACCCUGUCGCUGUCACAUGUCCAGGACAGCUUUCGCACACAUGACCUCACCAUCUCAGGCAACGAAGAGUGCUCGUAUUGGCUGCCGCUCUAUGGCAGCAUGUGUAGCCGCCUCGCAGCUCAGCCUCACUGCAUGACCCAGCAGAUGAUGAGUGGAUGUUUGAAAGUUAAGCAGGUGGGCGGUGACCCUCAGAGUUGGACAAAAGUGUACGCCGCUCUAAAAGGAACAAGCCUUUUCUGUUACCACCGGCAAGAAGAUGUGGAGGCUAACGUUGAGCCAGCUUUCACUAUUGCCAUCAACAAGGAGACCAGAAUACGUGCGUCAGAGAAAGACCCCCAAAGUAAAGUUCAGAAUAUCUGUAUCAGUAACCAGUACGGAGGAGAGGAGGUCACACACACCCUGACAACAGACAGCCGGGACGACACACACCGGUGGAUGGAGGCCUUUUGGCAACAUUUCUACGACAUGAGCCAAUGGAAACAGUGCUGUGAUGACUUAAUGAAAAUUGAACUGCCAUCGCCAAGGAAACCGGCCCCUGCCACACCAAAACAGGGCUCACUCUAUCACGAAAUGGUUAUUGAGUCGUCUGACGACCUCAGCAGCACCGUGUCAGACAUCCUGGCUCGGAGGAUGCAGGAGCUGGAGCUCCGCAGCCAGCUGGGCACCUCUCCUACCUGGAUGUCUGUGUUUGAGGAGAACAACCCCAUAAGCGCUGGCCGCCCCCGUCCCUGUACUUCUCGCCUUUCUGGCCACAGCCCCUGCACCCCUCAUCGCCUGCCCCGGAGCCCUGUGAGCCCCCACCGCUGCCCACAGCUGAGUCUGCUGUCCUCGGAUGCGAGCCUGACCUCGGACAGCGACAGCCACUGCAGCACCAGUCCCUGCUCUCACCGCCAUGGCUGGCCCGAGCCUUCUUCAAACUUCUCUCUCUUGUCGUCUUCCCCGUCCCGCCUGAGGCCACGCACCCUGUCGCUGGAUGCUAAGCUCAGCACCCUGCGAGGGAGGGGGUACGGAGGAGGAGGAGGGACCCUCCAGUGCCCCUGCCAGCCUCCUGCCUCCUCGCUGCUCGCCCCGCUCCCCGUCUCCUCUCGUUCGCCUCGGUCACAGCGCAGCACACAGACCACGCUCUCCUGCUCCAGCUCCACCUCCAGCAACAGCUCCAGCACCAGCGAGGGCAGCCACAGCCCCGAGUCGUCUGAGGGAGCCCCCUUCUCGAGGCCCUCCCCGGCUCGACGCAGCCUCAGGAACCUCAGGGCCAGGCUUGAUCCUCGCAACUGGCUCCAGAGUCAGGUGUGAACUCGCCCUGCCUGACAGACAUUUAACACUGGCCUAAAGGCAACAGUGCUCAAUUAAACCAUGGUUUAACUUGGCUACACACGUGUGAACCAACCUCAGGCAGUCUGCUAGGCCACAUGCACAGCCCCUGAGGAGGUUAAGCUGCCUCUAGCCUGCCUCCUGGUGGAGGAUGAAUCAUGAAAGACCCUCCUGGGGCAAACUGGAAUGUCUUCUAACACAAAGGACAGGGUGACAAUCAAUGCAUUUUGCUGGGUUGCCACAAUUUUGAAGAUGGUCCAAAACUAAACGGGAGGUACUCUGCUUGCUUUGAGAAAUGAUUGUGGUCAUGCUGCUUGGGAGACAGUGAUGCUAAGAGCUAAGGACUUGCUCCAAUAAACACACCACACUGGGCCUACUGUCCGUCCUUGGACUCUAAUUAGAAGUAGAACAUUUGUUGUUUUGUCCUCUGCAUCAGCCAUCACGGCCACUCAAACAAUUUUUCAAAAUCAUCUCUAUUAAUGCACUAGCAGUGUUUUUGACUGGAUGCUUCCUAUCUGUAUUGUAUAAAAAAAAAAAGUUUGCAGUGUUAAUGCAAUGAAAGCCAGUGAGCAUGUGGCAAGAUGAGCAUAAGGUAUAAUCAGUCAAGAGUUUUCAAAUGUUAGAAACUGUUAAAUGUGGAGGGGUGUUGGUGUCUGUUAUCUGUACUGUGAUAUCUACUUCAGUGUAUGUGUCUAAUUAUUCAUACUUUGUGGUUCUCCUAAAAUUACUAUGCAUCAUUUUUUUUGGGGAGGGGUGAUUUGACUUACAAGUUCCAAUGUUGAACUACUUGAGAUGAUUUCAAUGAGUCUGGUGAAAGCUUAACUUUAUGCAAGUGCUCAUACAUACUGUACUGUUAUUACUGUGAUCUCUUCAGGGCAAAAAUCUGUUCUCCGGUCUUAACUUUCACACAUUUAUCUGCACACUUUUGACGGGCUGUCGUCAGCAGUAGGUUAUAGAUCCUUACAUACGUAGAACAAAAUCUAGGAUAAGAUGAAAUUAAUCAGACUUUAAAGCUAUAGUGCGUAGUUUCUGUCGCCCCCAUGAGGAAUUCUAAGUAAUUACAACAAAACUGUUGCCGCAGCCACAUGAUACAAGCCUUCUGCGAUUGCGCACGCGCCCCCGCCCCUCCUCCACGCAGUUGCUAGUAGCCAAGGAGGACAAGGAGGAUUAUGAAAACGUGAUGGACUCUUCAGAAGAGGUCAUUAUCUUCACUCAAGUUUCUGCGCGGGAAAGUCACCGGACGCCACAAUCUUCUGAACAUAGCCAUACUGAGAAAUACAGAGAGAGUUGUGUGGAGCUGAUAGUCUUAAUUAGCUUUGUAGCAACUCAUUUGGCAAUGGCUUGAAUAUAACGGACGUUCAUUAAUAUCAAAAAGUUACGCACUAAAGCUUUAAGUAUAAUCACAGAUACUCUAUUGAAAACCGAAGCCAUUCUUGUAAUUCUGCUACACUGUACACUGCAGUGUUGCGGGAUUCCAUUAAGGAUAGUGGCAAAAUGUGAAAUAUCCAGCAAAUAUUAUGCAACACAGAAACAUUUCUUAGAAAUUAGUUGAUGUUGGCUGUGUUCUAGGCAACCUUCUUUGAAGCUGAGAACUGACAUGAAAGUCCAGUCAACCAUUAGGUCAUGAGAGCAAGAAUAAAAUGGUUUGUUUACACUGCCAUUUAUGUAUUUAAUUAUGUAAGUUAUAUAAGAAAGCAAUGUGACUCAAGGCGUCCAUGUAAAAACUAAUCUUAUAGGAGGGCCUGUGUCUCUGUCCGUGCAG